CUCAAAACUGCAGAACUUCAACAAAACAAAUACCCCCACGAAUUGACCGUAUUUUCGCAUCAGAAACCACAACUACAAUCACAAUGGUAAAGCGCAAGGAAAUCAAAGACAACGAUGUCGAAAUGGGCGGCACCAACCCUCGCGUGGCCGAUGAUGACUCCGACGAGGUACAUCAACCCACCCUUGCAUACAUCAAGGCUUUUCUUUUUUUCUUUUCUAAUCGCUAUUGAUGGUCGCAGGAUAUGGACAUUGUGAAUGUCGAUUUUGAGUGGUUCGACCCUCAGCCGAUCGAUUUCCACGGCCUUAAAAUCCUCCUCAGACAACUUUUCGACUGCGAUGCCCAGAUUUUCGAUAUGUCCGCUUUGUCGGACAUGAUCCUCGCGCAACCGUUGCUAGGAUCGACGGUCAAAGUUGACGGUGCUGAGUCGGAUCCUUACGCCUUCUUGACUGUGCUCAACCUCCAGGAACACAAGGAUAAACCCGUUAUUAAAGAUUUAAUAUCCUACCUCCAGCGCAAAGCAUCAUCCAACCCCGACCUUGCUCCACUUGCCCAGCUUCUCUCCCAAACGCCUAUCCCGCAGAUCGGACUGAUCCUCACCGAGCGAUUGAUCAACAUGCCCGCCGAAGUUGUGCCCCCGAUGUACACCAUGUUGAUGGAAGAGAUUGCUUGGGCUAUCCAGGACAAGGAGCCAUACCAGUUCUCGCACUACCUGAUCGUGUCGAAGACUUACGAGGAGAUUGAGUCGAAAUUGGACCAGGAGGACUCGCGACCGCAGAAGAAGAAGAAGAAGGCGUCUGGAGAUAAGGUCGAGAAGUUCUAUUUCCACCCCGAAGAUGAGGUCCUUGAGAAGCAUGCGCGCUGCUUCGGUUCCAUAGAGUAUACACAUAAGCAUGACGAGGGACACUCGGACUCGAAACGGGCGUUCCAAGAAGCGGGCAUCAGAACCGGCGGAAGUCUGAUGCUCUUCGAUGCGGAUAAGCUCGAAGGUGCAAUCAACGCGAUGAAGGAGUACAUUAACCCCCCGGUAUGAAUGAUGGUUACGGCAUGGUUUAUGAUAGAAAAAAGUUAUUCUGCGCUUUUGUCUAUAGCGUACCUAUAUCCCGCUUUGAAAAAAUUAUUAAUAACUCUAUGAUCUCGUUUUUUUUCUUAUACGUCACGCGUUUAUGGCUCGUUCUCUAUCUUCGUAAAACCUGAUCUAUCGUUUGUUUACUCCCAUUGUGUGCCCUUCAGGCGUUGCAUCAAGUACUCAACCUCUACGACCUUGGUCAAGGGAAUGACGUAUUC